AAAAAAAACAUUUUUAGAAAAAAAUAUGUUAGACAAAAACAGGAAAAUUGUCAAAACAGGUUAGGAAACGAGCAUCUCAUGUAAUGCACUAGAAAAAUCAAGUCAUUUUUCAUUUUCUCUCUCUCCAUCGCUAUCAUCUUCCCUUCUACCACACGUUGAUUAUGCAUACAAAAAUUGUCAAGUCAUGUGGAACUACUCUCGCUUCUCUUUCAACCCCAACAACAACAACCACAACUCCUAUUUGCUGCCACUUCAACAUGAUCAAAAUCGCCCAACUAUUCAAACUGCGUCUCCCAUUUCCCUUUCAGCAAUGAUCCUCACCUCUUGGCUUGGCAGUCGUCGUCGCUUUUGGCGUUACGUUUGUCUUCUUCUUUGCUCUCCUUUUCUUCUACCUUUAUUCUGUGCUACUUUUCCUAUACUUUGUGUUGCUGAAAUUUGCUACCGUCUGUGCUAUCGCCAACGACGAUCGCUGGGGAAAUUGGCGGAGGGAGAUGGGCAACUAUGGUGCGAGGGAGGGGAAAGUAGUGUAGAUGGAGGACAAGAGAAGUUGUUGUUGAAGAGGUAUUUAGAUGAUCAGCUGCUACUUGUGAUUGAAUCUGUGUAUAAUUGUGGAAAUGAAGAGGAAAAGGAUGUGGAAGUUACUGAUUCUACAAGUCUUCUUUUGCAAUAACACAAGACAUUUCAGAGAUCGACAAGUGAGGCUUGCUUAAUUGGUUGAGCUCCUCCAUGAUCAAUUAAUAAUUGAUCAGCUUGAAGGUUUGAAUCACGCUCAAAAGCCAGUGAGAACACCUCCAGAGAUUUUUGGUUCAUCUCUUUUCUUUAGCUUUUCCGUUUGGGUUUUUAUAUAAAAUUCAACAUCGACAAUUGGGAAAGGAAAAAAAACUGUGGCAGUGAAAGGAAUUGGCAGGUGCGGAAUCGAAUUUUCAUUGACAAAUUGAAAAUUUAGGGAAUGUGAUUUUAAGUCAAAUAUGGAAAGUACAGCUUCCCAUUUUUCGAAUCAGACAAAGGAAGGAAAAUGUGAAUGCUAACUAAUUUUUAAUCAGAUGGAGUACUGGAGUGUAAGUUCAGUAAUAUAUCGCAAGAAGAUGGAGUGAUUGUGAAGCUAGACUCUCAGGCUAUUCAGAAGAGGGAGAGUUUCACGUAUCUGUGGUUUAUAAUUCAGGGCAAUGGUGAGAUUGACGAAGAUGUCACGCAUCGUAUUGGGGCAGGGUGGUUGAAGUGGAGGCUCGCUUCGGGAGUCCUUUGUGAUAAGAAGAUGCCCCUGAAGCUUAAAGGUAAGCUCUACCGAGUGGUAGUCCGGACAGCUAUGCUGUAUGGAGCGAAGUGUUGGCCAGUUAAGAACUUCCACAUCUAAAAGAUGAAGGUAGCGGAGAUGCGAAUGUUGCGAUGGAUGUGUGGACAUAUCAGGAAAGAUAGGGUGAGCAAUGAGAUUAUUCGGGAGAAGGUGGGAGUUGCCUCGGUGGAGAAUAAGUUGCGAGAAGCGAGGCUAUGUUGGUUCGGGCAAGUGAUGAGGAGGGCCCUGAUGCUUCAGUGCAGAGGUGUGAGACUCUGGCUAUAGAUGGUUUUAGGCGGGCGAGAGGUAGACUGAAGAAAUAUUGGAGGGAGAUGAUUAGGCAUGAUAUAGAGCAAUUACAGCUUACAGAGGAAAUGACCCUUGAUAGAAAGGUGUGCAGGACGCGAAUUAGGGUAGAGGGUUAAGGGGUGGGAGCGCGGCGGUAGUAAUAGGGGAGUGCUCCUUUAGGUCUGGAGUUUCUGGUUCGUAGUGUUGGGGCUUUAGUUUUUGGGAUUAGUGGUGUUGGCUUUUUUGCACCCCGUACUAGUUUAUUACGCACUUAUCUUUUGAGUUUGUUAUACUGUUAAUUUGUUUUGUGUACCAUACUAGUUUGUAUCUGUUUACUUUUUA